GCCAAGCAGCAAACCUUGAAGAGAUGCUCAGUUUUUCUUGACUUCUGUGGUGAAAGACCUUGAAAAAGUUGGCACUUCUAGCCUAGGCUGCCAUCAGUCUACUGCUCACCCCAAGACUACCCAGGCUGAACAGUAGUGCUUCCCUCUUUACUCCUCCAUGGUCAUGCAUAUCAGCACGUGACUGUUUAUUUUCAAAUCUCCAAACUCCAGUCCCCAGAACUUCAUAGUUUACUUCUCGGCUGCUCAUGAAGGACAGUGACUUAUUACUACAACAGCAAAGCCUGCCAUUCCCAGCAGAUCACCAGUACCUAUGACAUCAUCACCUCCUUUGUGUCAUUCUGUGAUCUCCUAAAUGCUCAUCUUUUUGGCCUGGGUUCAAUUGGUGGUAUGGAGGGGUGCUGCCUAGCACUGACCUGAGAGUGUGUGUGAGACCCACUGACCCAAUGGACAUCAAAGGCCAGUUCUGGAAUGAUGAUGAUUCAGAAGGAGAUAAUGAAUCAGAGGAAUUUCUGUAUGGAGUUCAGGGGAGCUGUGCAGCUGACCUGUAUAGACACCCACAGCUUGAUGCAGACAUUGAAGCAGUGAAGGAGAUCUACAGUGAGAACUCUGUGUCCAUCAGAGAAUAUGGAACUAUUGAUGAUGUGGACAUUGACCUCCAUAUCAACAUCAGCUUCCUCGAUGAGGAAGUAUCUACAGCUUGGAAGGUCCUUCGAACAGAACCUAUUGUGUUGAGGCUACGGUUUUCUCUUUCCCAGUACCUCGAUGGACCAGAACCAUCAAUUGAGGUUUUCCAGCCAUCGAAUAAGGAAGGGUUUGGGUUAGGUCUUCAGUUAAAAAAGAUCCUGGGUAUGUUUACAUCCCAACAAUGGAAACAUCUGAGCAAUGAUUUCCUGAAGACCCAGCAGGAAAAGAGGCACAGUUGGUUCAAAGCAAGUGGUACCAUCAAGAAGUUCCGAGCUGGCCUCAGCAUCUUCUCACCCAUUCCUAAGUCUCCCAGUUUUCCUGUCAUACAGGACUCCAUGCUAAAAGGCAAACUGGGUGUACCAGAACUUCGAGUUGGACGCCUUAUGAAUCGUUCCAUUUCUUGCACCAUGAAGAACCCCAAAGUAGAGGUGUUUGGCUAUCCCCCCAGCCCCCAGGCAGGUCUCCUGUGCCCCCAGCACGUGGGCCUCCCUCCCCCAGCACGGACUUCUCCUUUGGUCAGUGGUCACUGCAAGAACAUCCCCACUCUGGAGUAUGGAUUCCUUGUCCAGAUCAUGAAGUAUGCAGAGCAGAGGAUUCCAACAUUGAAUGAGUACUGUGUGGUGUGUGAUGAGCAGCAUGUCUUCCAGAAUGGGUCCAUGCUUAAGCCAGCUGUCUGUACCCGUGAACUAUGUGUCUUCUCCUUCUACACACUGGGAGUCAUGUCUGGAGCUGCAGAGGAGGUGGCUACUGGAGCAGAGGUGGUAGAUCUACUGGUGGCCAUGUGCAGAGCUGCUUUGGAGUCCCCUAGAAAGAGCAUCAUCUUCGAGCCUUAUCCUUCUGUGGUGGACCCCACUGAUCCCAAGACUCUAGCCUUUAAUCCUAAGAAGAAGAAUUAUGAGCGGCUUCAGAAAGCUCUGGAUAGCGUGAUGUCCAUUCGGGAGAUGACCCAGGGCUCAUAUUUGGAAAUCAAGAAACAGAUGGACAAGCUGGAUCCCUUGGCCCAUCCUCUUCUGCAGUGGAUAAUUUCUAGCAACAGGUCACAUAUUGUCAAACUACCUCUCAGCAGGCAGCUGAAGUUCAUGCACACCUCACACCAAUUCCUCCUGCUGAGCAGCCCUCCUGCCAAGGAGGCUCGGUUCCGGACCGCCAAGAAGCUGUACGGAAGCACCUUUGCCUUCCAUGGGUCCCACAUUGAGAACUGGCAUUCAAUCCUGCGCAAUGGGCUGGUCAAUGCAUCCUACACCAAACUGCAGCUGCAUGGAGCAGCCUAUGGCAAAGGCAUCUACCUGAGCCCCAUCUCCAGUAUUUCCUUUGGAUACUCAGGAAUGGGCAAAGGACAGCACAGAAUGCCUUCCAAGGAUGAGCUGGUCCAGAGAUAUAACAGGAUGAACACCAUCCCCCAGACCCGAUCCAUUCAGUCAAGGUUCCUGCAGAGUCGGAAUCUAAACUGUAUAGCACUUUGUGAAGUGAUUACAUCUAAGGACCUUCAGAAGCAUGGAAACAUUUGGGUGUGCCCUGUGUCCGACCAUGUCUGCACAAGGUUCUUCUUUGUGACAUCAGAAACCAUGCCGAAGCCACACAGUGAAGCAGGGACUGCCUUCAUUCAGACCCAGCAGCUCCACGCAGCCAUGGCUGAUACCUUCCUGGAACAUAUGUGCCGCCUGGACAUUGACUCUGCACCAAUCACGGCCCGCAACACUGGCAUUAUUUGUACCAUUGGUCCUGCUUCCCGGUCAGUGGAGAUGCUGAAGGAGAUGAUCAAGUCUGGAAUGAAUGUGGCUCGUCUGAAUUUCUCUCAUGGAACUCAUGAGUAUCAUGCAGAAACUAUCAAGAAUGUGCGUACGGCCACAGAAAGCUUCGCAUCUGACCCCAUUCUCUACCGACCUGUUGCUGUGGCUCUGGACACAAAGGGACCUGAGAUCAGGACUGGACUCAUCAAAGGCAGCGGUACUGCAGAAGUGGAGCUGAAGAAGGGAGCCCCCUUGAAGAUCACCCUGGACAAUGCCUACAUGGAGAAGUGUGACGAGAACAUCCUGUGGCUGGACUAUAAGAACAUCUGUAAGGUGGUAGAGGUGGGCAGCAAGAUCUACGUGGAUGAUGGGCUCAUCUCACUGCAGGUGAAGGAGAAAGGUGCUGAUUUCCUGCUGACAGAGGUAGAGAAUGGUGGCUCCUUGGGCAGCAAGAAGGGGGUGAACCUCCCUGGAGCUGCUGUGGAUCUCCCUGCUGUGUCAGAGAAGGACAUCCAGGACCUGAAGUUUGGAGUGGAGCAGGAUGUCGACAUGGUGUUUGCAUCUUUCAUCCGCAAGGCAGCUGAUGUGCAUGAGGUUAGGAAGAUCCUGGGAGAGAAGGGCAAGAACAUCAAGAUCAUCAGCAAAAUUGAGAACCAUGAAGGUGUCCGCAGGUUUGAUGAGAUUUUGGAGGCUAGUGAUGGGAUCAUGGUGGCUCGUGGUGACCUGGGCAUUGAGAUUCCUGCAGAGAAGGUCUUCUUAGCUCAGAAGAUGAUGAUUGGACGAUGCAACCGAGCUGGGAAGCCUGUCAUCUGUGCCACUCAGAUGCUGGAGAGCAUGAUCAAGAAACCUCGCCCCACCCGUGCUGAGGGCAGUGAUGUGGCCAAUGCAGUCCUAGAUGGAGCUGACUGCAUCAUGCUGUCAGGAGAAACAGCCAAAGGGGACUACCCUCUGGAAGCUGUCCGCAUGCAGCACCUGAUAGCUCGGGAGGCUGAGGCAGCCAUGUUCCAUCGUCUGCUGUUUGAAGAACUUGUGCGAGCCUCCAGUCACUCCACAGACCUCAUGGAGGCCAUGGCCAUGGGCAGCGUGGAGGCUUCUUUUAAGUGUUUAGCGGCAGCUUUGAUAGUUCUGACGGAGUCUGGCAGGAGUGCCCACCAGGUGGCCAGGUAUCGUCCACGAGCUCCCAUCAUUGCUGUGACUCGCAAUCCCCAGACUGCUCGCCAGGCCCACCUGUACCGUGGCAUCUUCCCUGUGCUGUGUAAGGAUGCGGUACAGGAUGCCUGGGCUGAGGAUGUAGACCUUCGUGUGAAUUUGGCCAUGAAUGUUGGCAAGGCCCGAGGCUUCUUCAAGAAGGGAGAUGUGGUCAUUGUGCUGACUGGGUGGCGCCCUGGCUCCGGCUUCACCAACACCAUGCGUGUCGUGCCAGUGCCUUGAUGGCCUUAUGGAACCUCUUCUAGCCCCUGUCCCAUCCCCUCCCCCAUCCCAUUCAUUAGGCCAGCAACGCUUGUAGUGCUCACUCUGGGCCAUACUGUGGCGCUGUUGGGCUGGGACACCGAGGAAAAUUAAUGCCUUUGAAGCACGGACUAGAGCCCAGCUGUCUAGCUGGGGAUGAGGGAGGAAUGCAGAAUUGGAAACCCUCUGCCUUUAUCACAAAAGGGCAGCAACAUGUCUGUGUGUUUUGCUCCUGUAGAAAGUUGCCCAGAGAACUCCCAGCCCUGGCCUGGAGUCAAGAGAUGACAGCAAGAGUAGGGGCUUAGGGCAUUGGGCCCAGGUUCCUGUGUAGAUAACCCUUGACCCUGGGCCUGAUUUGCUUCCCCAACAGCUUUGGCCUCCCCUCUCAUCCUUGUGCACUCCACUCAGCUGCCACUGCAGACACACACUCCACCUUCUGUUCUGCAGUGACUCUAGGCCUGUUGCUAUAGCGCCCACCUGAAUGUCAAUAAACAGCAGCUGAAGCA